AUGGUCCUGCACGCGUCCCCCUACCCAAGUGCCUUUCUCAGCUUCCUGAACAGUGUGUCGUGGGCGCUGGUGUUCCCCUGUUACUGGAUGCUGGACAGCCUUUUAGCAUCAUGCGUCCCCACCUCGCUGGAAAAGCGAAGGCGCUCGCAGGACCCCUGCUCCUUCCUGGCCUUGAGGAUGCUCAUCUCCACCCCGCUGUAUCUGGUCCUCCUGGUGGCCUCGCUACCGUUCGCUCUGCUGGGAUUUCUGGUCUGGGCGCCGCUUCAGGCAUCCCGACACCCGUACGUGUACUCGUACCGCAAACCGGACGCGCGCCGGGCCGAGCACGGGAACGCCGCCGGAUCCAGUGAGUGGCGGCCGCAGGGACGGAGUUUCUGCUUCGGCAGCGCCAACGUGUGCCUGCUCCCGGACUCGCUGGCACGCUUCAACAACCUGGCGGACACGCAGCGCAGGGCGAGAGAGGUCGGCAAGCGCAUUCGCAACGGCGCCAGUCGACCGCAGAUCAAGAUCUACAUCGAUUCUCCGACCAACACGUCGAUCAGCGCUGUGUCCUUCUGCAGCUUGGCUACGCAGGGUUUCCGCCGGACGUCCUCGCUGGACCAGCGUCCAGAACCCAGCGCAGUGACGGACGCUGAAGUGGAUCCUGGAGCCGACUGUCCCGUGCAUUCUCCCGGAGGACCGAGCUCAGACUGCCCCGUCCAUAAUGCUCCGAGUGUCCCCGACUGCCCCCUGCAUCCUAACGACGAGGAACCGUCUCCGGUUUGCCCGGUCCACCAACCUACCGACCAGCAGGCGUCCAGUGAGUGUCCGGUGCACUCUCAGACGGCGGUCUCUGACUCCGAAGACUGUCCCAUGCACCCGUCCGGCGUCCAGAUCAGCAUCACGUCUCCCGAACCGGAGCCCUUCGAGGACGAGGUCCAGAAUCAUCGCCCCAGCGAGGACAACAUGCCGAACAACACGCUCUCGCAGCACCGCACGUCCGUCUUCAAGAGACCCACGGGGCGCAAGCGACGCCACGGGGACGACGGGUUCGACCACGAGAUUUCGGCCUUCUUCCCCGCCAAUCUGGACUUCCUGUGCCUGCAGGAAGUCUUCGACAGACGGGCGACGGAGCGGCUGGUUUGCCAGCUGCACGGAUACUUCCCGUACGUCCUCAGCGACGUCGGGCGCUACGGCUGGAAGGGCUGCUGCUCGCGGUUCAAGUUCCUGAACAGCGGUUUGGUCCUGGCCAGCCGAUACCCCAUCCUGGACGCGCAUUACGAGUGCUACACCAACGGCCGUGCCGAGGACGCGCUGGCAUCCAAGGGUGCGCUCUACGCCAAGGUUCAGGUGGGCACCUCCCAGCAGGGCCAGAGGGUCGUGGGCUACAUCACCUCCACUCACCUCCACGCCAUCGAGAGCGACGCGGCGGUGCGCUGUGAGCAGCUGGAUAUGUUGCUUCAGUGGGGGACCGAGUUCAGGAGGGCCACGUCUCAAUCCUCCGCUCAGGAGAAAGGUCUGGAGGACCAAGUGGCCUUCGACGUCAUCCUCGGAGACCUCAAUUUCGAUAACUGCUCCUCAGAAGAUAAACUGGAGCAGCAACACACUAUCUUCACUCAGUACAGAGACCCGUGUCGGCUGGGGCCCGGAGAGGACAAACCCUGGGCUCUGGGCACCCUGCUGGACCCAAGCGGCCUGUAUGAUGAGGAAGUCAGCUCACCAGAGAGCCUCCAAAAGGUGAUGGAGAACGAAGAGGGCAGGAAGGAGUACCUGGUGUUUCCCGCCAGUAAGAACCAGUGUCCCAGUCAGAAGGGUCGCAAGAUCCCGCUGAAGGGGAACGGACGAAGGAUCGACUACAUUCUGUACAGAGAGGAGGGACUGCAAAGCGACUGGAAAGUGGACAUCGAGGAGUUCAGCUUCAUCACUCAGUUGGCGGGUCUGACCGAUCACCUCUCUGUGGCCGCUCGACUCGCCGUGUCCACGGGAGAGGAGGAGUCCUAAAAACUCGCCGCCUUCGUACACGACGCCACGGACACAGGGAACAUCGAGGGGAGGACCGAAAUUAGCCGCGUGACGUCUCAAAACGACCCGGACGGACGAUGACGAGCGGAAAACAAAGCGCGAUGUUACGAAAGUUAAACGUAAUCCGAACACACACACACACAACUGACCACAUGUGCCCUCAUGGUGGUACAAUUACCACAGACGCAUCUGGAACACACUGAUCUCACUCUCUCGGUUCCUCCUUCAGGACUCUCGACGUCCAGCGAGUGAGAGUUUACGCCUCCACCACGCUCUAUCUCACAAGUUCAGCUCCUCUCACUUCUCUGUGGCCUACAGACCAAUGAGAAGCCACCCGAGAGACGCCACGACCCCGGACGUGCUUCAUAGCAAAGCCUGGAUCCACAGUGUUGCAUGUCCGGAUACUUUAGGAACACCAAAGUGUAAAAACGCGGUUCCUGUUUUAGACUUUUCUGUCAUCGAGAACCUCAACAAGAAGUGUCUUUCUUUUCUAAUCCUUUCUAGACCUUUUUAUGGCAGCUGUGCCGACUUUGUAGGGAGUUUAUACAUCACACACACACACACACACAC